AUGGAUUGGCCAAAGGAUUCUGAUGUUAUUGUUGUGCAGCAAGUCAACAGUGAGAAAAUAGCAGAAGAUUCCUUACACGACUUGUUAAAUCUAACUGAUAAAGAGCCUGCCAAUCUCGAUUACACAGUUCCAAUAUCUACUGUUGAUCUAAGCAAGUUGGACGAUGACUUUUUCGCUGGCGAUUUACUAACUUCAGCCAAUGAGUAUGUGAUUACUGAAUUACAUUUCGCCUGUUCACAAGUUUUGUCCGGGGACAAUGGCUUUCAGAAAGCGAUUUUAACUUUUUGCAUUUCUGCAAUUUUUUCGAAAUUAUUGGAUUUCCAGCACCGUGCUCUCGUUGUUUCCGAAACAAUGCAGCAUGCUUAG